AUGGUUAAAUUGCUUUCCCACUGCAGGUCUGCUGAUAUUGCGCUGCUCGCUGGGGGAAGCAGGAAGCGGUGGAUCAUUGCAACAGAAAACAUGGAGCCCGGUGACGUUGUCAAAACAUCGGGGCAGAUUGGCCGGAUGGCAGUGUCUGCCAAUGAGGGAGAUGCCUAUCCACUCGGAGCACUUCCUGUGGGAACACUGCUGAAUAGUUUGGAGUUGUAUCCAGGGAAAGGAGCCCUGUACAUCCGAGCUGCAGACGAUCCAGCCAGAGUGGACUCAGAGCAGCUCCUUGCAGGGAAAUGCACAUCAGAGCAGCGGGAGAUAUUUGAAAGGGUAAUUGUGAGGGUGCAGGGCCAACAUGUUCCUGCAAAAGUGAAGGGUGGGACCAACCAGUCCAGAGAACUCGGAGUGUCAGAGGACGUUCAGGAUCGGAUACUGAGAGAUAAAGUUCUCGAGACGUGUGUAGCGACUGUUGGCCGUGUGUCUAAUGUUGACCAUAACAAGCAAGUGAUUGGUAAAGCUGGUCGCAAUCGCUGGCUGGGUAUCCGGCCCUCGAGUGGCCUGUGGCAGAGGAAGGGUGGCUGGGCUGGUCGGAAGAUUCGGCCACUACCACCCAUGAAGAGUUAUGUAAACCUGCCAUCGCGAGGGACUCUGAGCUGAAUGGUUAAUCAAGGGCAGAUCCUGUACAUUAAAGAUCUUACUCAGA